GCCCAGCCAAAGUGUGAUUUUGGGUGGACACAAUUGGCCGAGACCAGCCAGUGCUAUUUGCCAGGCCAAGCCGCCACGCAUGACGACGCCCUCGCCGCGUGCCGGAAGAUGUACGCCAGGCUGACGUCGAUCCACACCAAGUCGGAGAAUGACUUCAUUAUGGCUCUAGCCCCGCCGUCCCCGUCCAGCAGCAGUGCAAUCCGGAGGCGCCGUACGGAAUUUGGACUGGAGGUUCGU